AUGCUGCAGGCGAGACCUUGGGAUAUACGAUCGAGGGUGGUGGAUGCAGGGGUAUCGGAUGAGUACACGCAGUACAUGGUGGCUCAUCCGAUUCUUUGGAUAUCAGAUCUAGCGGAGCCAAUGUCCAAUUUUGAGGAUGAUAGGGGACAAAGAUGGAGGAGGAGAGGGGGGCAAGGACCUAUGGUAGCUGGACAAGGGAGAGGAGAUGGUGGAGAUGGAGGAGGAGGGGAUGGAGUAGGAGGUGGGGAUGGGGGAGGUGUUGGAGGGGGAGAUGGGGGAAGUGGUGGAGGUGGAGGAGGUGGUGGGUUGGGCAGUCAGAUCUAG